AACGCGCAUGCGCGUUGACGCUUGCUGGUUUGCGGCCGGAAGUAGAGCGAGGGCCGGGGGGAGGCGUCGGUGGAAACGGCAGCGUCCCGGUGGGUGACAGGAAUCGGCCCCGGCUCGGUCUCCCCCCUGCCCAAGCCAUGGCCAAGAGGCGGAUAGAGAAGUUAUCAUUCUCUCCACUGAAGGCACUGAGUCAUGCUGGGGUACAGUUCAACAUGUACAUGUCACCAUUCGAUACCUCGCUCAAGUGGCCAUUCUUCAUAUGUGAACCUAGACAAUGGGUUUUUGCAAGCUGUUCGGCAGUGGGGGGCAUCACAGCUGAGCCUGAUCCUGUCCACGCACGCACUUCACAGCAGGAAUUAAAAGACUUGCAGCGAGAUCCACCAGCUCAGUGUUCAGCAGGUCCAUCAGGAGAUGAUAUGUUCGCUUGGCAAGCCACUAUAAUGGGACCAUAUGACAGCCCAUACCAAGGAGGAGUUUUUUUCCUUGCAAUUCAGUUCCCUACAGAUUACCCUUUUAAACCACCAAAGGUUGCAUUUACAACAAAAAUAUAUCAUCCAAACAUAAACAGCAACGGCAGUAUAUGUCUUGACAUUCUGCGGUCACAGUGGUCACCGGCAUUAACAAUAUCGAAAGUUUUAUUGUCUAUUUGCUCAUUGUUGUGUGAUCCUAAUCCUGAUGAUCCACUUGUUCCAGAAAUUGCACACAUGUACAAAACGGAUAAAGAGAAAUACAACAAGCAAGCAAGAGACUGGACUCAGAAGUAUGCAAUGUAGAAUUGGUGAUAUUUGUACAACAAUCAUCACAAGAAGAAAAACUGGCAACAUUUUUUUUACAAAUGGAACCCAUGAAGUUCACAAUAAAUAUUCAUUGUGGGUGAUGAGUAUUGUAAAUUUUCUUUAGUUAAAACUGCAAAUAGAAAAAUGCUCAUUGGUCUUUGCUGAAAACUGCAAUCAGUUUUUGCAGAAAUUGUCAAAUGAGCAAUGGACCAAGUAGUUUACUAUUAAAGUGCCACAUGGUGGGUUUUUAAACCCCCUUCUUACAAGCAUUCUAAUGCUAAUUCUGAUUUCCUUUCCCCAAUAAAUCUGCUUUGCAAUUCUAUGCAUUUCAUUUUUCUCUUGUAUUAACAAACACUGUUAUUUGAGGCAUUUUCUUUUCACUUUCCUGUCCUUAUUCUAAAAUAUUGUAUAAAACAUAGGAAUAGAUAUCAUUGCCAUCAUUGAGUGCUGUUGAUGAAUUCUGCCAAGUUUAAAUGAUGGCCCAUCUAUUUUGGCAGCAUUCUACUCAUUUACUGUAAGUGAAGGAGAUGCAUCAUUCUAAAGUUUAUACUUCAAGUGAGUUUUUAACUUGUGUGAUUAACUGGAUCACUCAGCAACCUUUGUGUUGUAGUGCAUGCAAAGUAUCAUGUGUAUUGAAAGUUACUCUUUAUUACCCUGUCAUAUGUGCAAAAGUUAUUUUCAUCUAGUUUUCACUGUCAUUGGGGGAUAACUGCACAUGUAUUUCAUGCUAAUUUUUAUGUUUGACAUGCAUUCAUUGUUACCUAUCUCUGGGGAAAAUGUACCUUCACUUGAAUAUUUUUCAUAACACUCUUUACAAGAUCCUCCUUUCCUGCUUUUGACACAUUUUCCAUGUGGUUAUGUGAUUUUUAUUAAGUCUGCCAGUUGGAUACAAAUUAUUUGGAAAUUAGAUGCAAUCAUGGAAAACUGUUUAUCUUGCAGCUCAUAAUAUAUUGCAGAUCUUGAAUUCACAAAUGAGUUUCUUGCCACUCCACUAUGUAUAAAAAGUUACUGCAAUAUGCAUCCUUAUCUAAGUCGCAGAGAAUUGAACUGUUCUACUGGUAAUUAAAGCCAUUUGAAUGCAUUACCAGUGCUUUGCUUUCUUAUAUAUAUAUUAAAAAAAACUAAAUUUUCUGCUUCAUAAAUUUUUAAAGAUAUUUAUUCUUGAAACUUCCAGCCGUCUGCUUUUUAUUUUGCUGCAUGAAAUGUUUAUAGCCUUAUGUAGUCUGCCCCCUAUUCUUUGUAAAAGCCUAUUUUGUCAUUUCAGAGCACUUUAAGAAAGUAGUGUUAAUGUUUAAGGUCUUGUAACGUUUGUCACAUCGUUUUGUGGUAGGUCAGUAGACCUGAAGCACUAACUUCCAGUUUCCUCAGAUGCUACUUGAUCUGAGUGUUUCUAGAAUAUUCUGGGUGUUUGCCAACAUCUAAAGUACUUAGUUUUAUUCAACAUUCAUAUUCACAGUGGCUGGUCCAUGAGGUACAAAAACUAGAUUAAAUUGUGAACCAGUCGCAUUCAAAAAAUCUUUUUUAUAGAGUAUUAUUGCAUAUUUCAGUUCACCUUUUCAUGACAGUAGUGCUGAAUUGAAAAGUACAAAGCUAAGUGAUGGGAAUGGAGGUUCUUAAAAGCAGCACAUGGAGGAAGGUUGGUUCCAUGUCUGACAACUGCUGAAUAUUAAUUAUGGAUCCCUGAGAUUUUUUUUCUUAAAGAACUGUUAAAACUGAAAAAUCACACAGCUUGUGCGUCUUUAUGUUCAAAUAAAAGAGGUCACAAAAAUCA